UACGACCACCAGGAUAGGUUAGGUUACAACUCACUAGGUAAAGGAAGCUUAGAAAUGUUGGGAAACUCUGCUUAACCGUAAUCACAGGGUGAGCCUGACUUUUCCAACAAUAAAAUCCAAGCGAUGAAGCAAUUUCGUUGAAUUCUGUUCGAUAACAAAAAAUAAAUCCCCAAUCUUAUCAACCGGUUCGUCAUUCAGUUUACCAAUUGAUUUAAAUUUGCCUGUUGAAAGGAAUUCGAUUGUAAAUAGUCUUAGUCCAGCAACGCUCAGUCGCGACUGAGUUGAUUGCGUGAACAAAUGUGGCCACCUUGGCUACUCCCGUUGAUUGUACUCAGUAAUAGCACGUUUACGGAAUUCAGCAGUCAAAGGCGAACCAUCAGCGGAAACAGCGAACGUCAAGAUGUAGAAUUUAGCAUCGAAGAAGUUUUGCUAUUGAAUCGUCACUUUGUGGAUUUUCUAUCUGAUGUGAGCGAUGAUAAUCAGGGAUCUUCCCCUGAUUCACAGUGCUUGAAAACGCUGCGGCAGUUAGCCGAAGGAUAUCUGGUGCGUGAACGACUCGGAUUGGAGUGGUUCGACUCGUGGGGUAAAACUCCAUCCGGGUUAUACCAUCGGAAUGGAUACGCUUUCGGGAAUGUCGACCAAUGUCGAGCCAUCGAACAAGUCAGGAUGCAGCACUGUACAUUCAUUGCAGCGUUCCCCAGCGAUCUGGCUCUGUACUACUCCGGACUAUGUGUGCCACACUCAUGCUUUCCGGAUUAUGUGGCACAGCUGUAUGGGAAUUACCUAGCUACUCAAGGUAUAAUGUUGAUACCGCUGGUCAGGCAGGAAACGCUUUGCAUCAGGGACGAAGAGAUUCAGUACAGCGGAGCGAUGAUUACUGCAAUCGUUGUUAGCUCCCUCGUUGGACUUCAUGUACUGUGUAGCACAUUGUACGAGUUGAUCUGCCUGAUUCUAAAGCGUGACGUCAAUCCUCUAUUCACUGCAUUCUCAUUGUUGGAAAACAUACGAACUAUUCUACAGUUGGUCCCUCGGGUGAAGAAUACGCAGAAGAAGUCCACCGUGAUUGACUGUGCGCAUGGCAUUAGAUCUUUGUCGAUGAUCUGGAUCAUAGUGGUUCAUGUGCACGAAACUACAUUCGCGCUUCCAAUGGAGAACUCCCCGGCAUGGUUGAACUAUCUCAAGAACUUCAUACCCACGGUCCUGUUCUACGGUGGUGGUCUAGCCGUGGACACCUUCCUGGUGCUUAGUGGAAUGCUGGUAGCGAUGAGCAUACUCCGAGAGCUGGACAAAAAACGUCGUUUCAAUCCAUUGAUACUUUACCUGCAUCGUUACAUUAGAAUCACAGCACCACUAGCUGCACUGAUCUUGUUCGUUGUGUCCUUUGCUGUCUACAUGGGAGAAGGUGUUUACUGGAAAGUGCAGAUGGAGUCUUUGAUGGAACCGUGUAUGACCAAUUGGUGGGCUACUCUGUUACAUAUUCAGAACUACGUAGAUCCCGGGAACAUGUGCCUUCCUUGGACAUGGUAUCUCUCCGUGGAUAUGCAGCUGUACAUUAUCGCUCCGGCGUUAAUCUACCCGCUAUGGCGAUACGGAAAACGAGUCCUCACUGUGAUAGCUGGCCUUGCCAUUCUUUCCAUGGCAUGCGUCCUAGCUUCAUUCCUGACCAACGAACUUCGGUUGACGGUUCCUGACGCUCAGCGAUACGUACUCACCUACUACGCAACGCAUGCACGAAUGGCCGUUUGGCUUUGGGGCCUAGCCUUUGGCUACCUUCUUCACAAAACCAGGAACACCGGGUUACAUCUCCCGAAGCGAUACUGGGCCAUUGGCUGGACGGCAUGCUUUGCACUACUAGGAUUGAUCCUCUUCGCAAACUAUCAAAUCUACACGACGAACGCUGCGGAUUUCUCGUUUGUAGCAGAUGCCUUCUUUGAACCCUUGUCCCGGUCGAUGUUCGCAUUCUGCGUAAUGUGGAUUAUCCUGGCCUGUGUAAACGGGAAAGGUGGCCUGCUGGAUGAAUUUUUGGGAGCUUCCAUGUGGCAACCGCUGUCACGGCUUUCGUACACCAUGUAUCUGCUGCACACAGUGAUGCUGGCGAUGGGAUCACUCGCACCCGUCAAUACGAGCACCUAUUUCAGUGCAAUCGAUCUGUUCUACCGAAUAUGGGGAGCCAUCGGGCUAACGACGAGCGUCUCGUUGCUGUGGAGUGCAAUCUUCGAAAUUCCGUUCGGCACGCUGGAUCGAUUGUUGCUGAAAAAGUGAAAUAAUAAUACGGAACACACAUGUUAAUUUAAUAAAAAAAAACAAGUAAAAGCUUGAAGUUUCUACUACUUUUGCACGCUCAAACAUCUUGGAUUAUUUCUAAGGUAUACCUAAUCUGAUCUUAGCAGCUUUAAAAUUUAAGAAUAAUAAAAUUAUUAUUUUAGUUU